GCCGCGGGGCCGCUCGUGGCCUCCGGGGAUCAGGCGAAAGGGGUUUGUGCGUGGGGGGGGCCUGGGCCUGGGGAAGCUGACGCCGGUCGUCCGGAAGCCAGGAGGAGGCGAGAGGCCGCUCGUGGACUCCGGGCCUAGGCCCUCUCCCCUCAACCUUCUCCCGGGGCCUGGGUCACCCCAAUCCACGGAAAAAGAGACCAUCCGGGAGGUGCGGCCGCGCUAUGGACCCCUGACCCCGCGGGGUCAUUCGGACUCUUAACGUGUGGACUGACCGCUACUGACUGCACCGCCAGCCCCCCGUCGCCUGCCGGCCCUUAGCAUGAGCGAGGGGGACCCAGCCGGGUGACAUUGUGCCCGUUGGCGGAUUCUCGAUUUCCCCCUUUCCCCAUCCUCGUCUUCCUCCUCCCACAUGAAGUGAUUCUGAGUAUCGGGGUGGUUCUGGAUUAUUGUUCUUACGAACCCCUGCUUGUGGUUGGGGGUUAUUUAAUCUGAGGCCUCAGGGUCCUUCCGUGUC